AGAAUGGAUAUAAUGGAUUGUGUGAAGAAGGAGAACUUUCACAUGGUGCUAACUGAAAUUUUUGACUACUGUCUUGAUUGCUGAGAAGCUUGAAAACUAUUUGAGUCCGUUUUUCCAUCCUCAUCUGGUACUGUGUACAUCGGGCUUCCAAGUCCCUUGUCGUACAGUUUGCUUACUAAUCUUAUAAACUUCUGGGGCCAACUGAAGAACUUUAUGUCCUUUGAAUUCUCUGUAAAGCAAAGGAAAACACAGUCUAUGUUUGACAACACUGUCAAGGAACAUUUUGAAGAAGGCUAACCAAUUUCAUCUCCUCUUCUACUGAAAACAGAGCUGUGGUUUAUCAGUUCUGGCUUUGCCUUUGAUUUGGCUUAAACUUUGCUUCCUGACACUGUGUACACUGGAGGCUUACUGGACAAAUCUACUAAGCCAACACCAGAAUACCUGGAAAACUUCAUCACCAAAUUUGGGGACUCUGAUUUUAUCCUUGUGGCUCUGGGCUCAAUGGUGAGUAGUUACCAGAAACAGGAAGACCUCGAGGAGAUGAACAGUGCCUUUUUCUAACUCUCGCAAUGAAUGGUAGGAAAGGAUAAGAAUUUUCUUUGGCCCAAAGAUGUCAAAUUGGCUGCAAAUGUGAAAAUCGUGAACUGGCUUCCUCAGAAUGAUCUAGGUAAGGGCUGUCUGGCUCACUCUCACAUCCAUCUCUUUGCCACAAAUGGUAUGAAUAGCAUAGCAGAGACCAGCCAGUGUGGUGUGGCCAUGGUUCCUCUCUUUGGAGAACAGCCUGAAAACAUGGUCCACGUAGAAACUCCAAAAAAACUUGGAGUUUCUCUUCCAUUAAAGAAGCUCAAGACAGAGACACUGACACUGCUUAAGAUGAAACAAGUCAUAGAAGACAAGAGGUACAAGUCUGCUGUGGUGGCUGCCAGCAUCAUCCAAUGCUCCCACCCUCUGUACCCUUCUCAGAGACUGGUGGGAUGGAUCGCCUACAACCUGUAUGAGGGUGCUGCACACCUCAAGCUCUUUGCCUUCCAGCAGCCAUGGUAUGAGCAGUAUUUGCUUGAUGUAUUUUUGUUCCUGCUCAUCCAGCUCACUCUGAGCAUCAUGUGGUUCUGUGGGAAGUUGCUGGGUAUGGUGACCAGAUGGCAGAGAGAACGUCUUAAAAUAGUGCUACACAAAAGCACUCACAUCCAGAGCCUGGACUCAGGAGAACUGGCUACACCUCAAAAACCACCUCUUCGUCAAACUCCGGUGUCAUCCUUCUCCGCCAUGCCACCCACCUCAGCACGAUGGGAAAUGAAGGCAGAAGAACAGGGACUGGCUGCAACCACAAAUGCCAUGGGCUUAAGGCAUUCAGUCCAGACAAUUUGUAUCCCUUCCACAAAGUCUCGACAUUUUUGGUUAAUAUUUGGUCCUUUUACCCCACUAGUGCCAACUGUUGAUAGUGUGCACCUUGGCGUCCUAAUGCAGCGUGCUGGCAGUGGCAGCAGCCUGUGCACCAGGGCAGUGGAAGGAGGCGGCCUUGCUGGACCAAUGUCACAGAUUCCUUUGCCUGUGCUCCUUGCUCCUGGCAGCCCCACUCAGCCCCUGUCCCAGAUCUCCAGGCUGCUGCGUUUUGUUGCUUUGCGAAUAUCCCUCUCAUCUGACACUGUGGAUGAAAGCCCGCGUCCACCCUCUCAAACUGGGCACCCAUUUGCUUGCCAUUCUGCAUGUCUCCCUUCUCUGUCCUCACUGCCCAAGCGGAACCCUGGCUACAGCAGUCUCCCCAGGUCUUCCUAUCCCUCCUCCCCACCAUUCUCCACACGAGCCCCAGAUGCGCCUUCUGCAAUGGCAUCUGGUGUUUCCUGUUUCGAGCCCUUGUGA